AUGGGUAUCUCCAAGACCAUGGUUGCACCCAUCCAGUGGGUCAAGCUGCUGCUGCAGGUGCAGAAUGCCAGCAAGCAAGUCACUGCUGAUAAGCAAUACAAGAGCUGUAUAGACGUCAUGCUUCUCGUCCUCAGGGAGGAGGGAGUCCUGUCCUUCCGGCAUGGUAACCCAGCAAAUGGCAACAGAUGCUUUCCCACCUAGGUUCUCAACUUUGCCUUCAAAGAUAAAUACAGGGAUAUUCUCCUGGGUGGUGUGGACAAGAGAACCCAGUUUUUGCGCUACUUUGCAGGGAAUCUGGAUUCAGGUGGUGCUGUGGGGACCACAUCCUUGGGUUUUGUGUAUCCUCCUGAUUUUGCCUGUACCUGUCUAGUAGCUGACGCUGGCAAAGCUGGAGCUAAAAGGGAAUUCAGAGGCCUCAGUGACUGCCUGGUUAAGAUCUACAAGCCUGCCUUUCCGAUUGAUGGCAUUAGGGGCCUGUACCAAGGCUUCAAUGUGUCUGUGCAGGGUAUUAUCAUCUACCGAGCCGCCUACUUCGGUAUCUAUGACACCGCCAAGGGAAUGCUUCCAGACCCCAAGAAUACUCACAUCUCCAUCAGCUGGAUGAUCGCACAGUCUGUCACAGCGGUUGCUGGGUUGACUUCCUAUCCAUUUGACACUGUUCGCCGCCGAAUGAUGAUGCAGUCUGGGCGCAAAGGGACUGACAUCAUGUACACAGGCACAGUGGAUUGCUGGAGGAAGAUCGCACGCGAUGAAGGCGCCAAAGCGUUUUUCAAGGGGGCGUGGUCCAAUGUUCUCCGCGGCAUGGGUGGUGCUUUCGUGCUGGUCUUGUAUGAUGAAAUCAAGAAGUUCACAUAAGUUAUUUCGGAGCCUUCUCCCCCUCCCCCCCUCCGCCCCGGAACAGGCAUGUUGUAUGAUAGAACAUAUCCUGAGCAUUCUUGACAGACUGUUGGCUGUCUGUUUAUCGAUGGCAACUUUCACUG